AUGGGAGUUAGGCCAUCCUUUGUCUGGAGAAGCGUUUUAUAUGGCAGAGAAUUGCUAGAAAAAGGAUUAAAAUGGAAGGUGGGAGAUGGUAGAAAGACCAGAGUUUGGAUUGAUAAAUGGGUGUACGAUCCAGAGUUAGGGAUGAGAGCGCCAUGGAUAAGAAAUGCAACUUUUGAUGUCAAUUUACUUGUCAGUGACUUGAUAGAUGUUAGUACUCGAACAUGGGAUCGGGAUGUACUUCAGGACCUCUUUGUGCCAGCAGAUGUUGAGUUCAUUAUGGCCAAUCCUCCAUCGAUCAUGAGAGAGGACUCCUAUCUUUGGAAGUAUAAUCGAAGUGGCAACUUGACUGUCAAAUCUGCAUAUUGGCUUGCAAGAGACAGGAAGAUCAAAGCAGAGCACCCAACGGUCCUUAGCUUGCCAUCAACGAACCCUGUCAAAGAAAAGAUAUGGUUGGUGCCAACAGCUCCUAAGAUACGCACUUUCUUAUGGAAGAGCCUGAGUGAUGCGAUCCCAGUGGCUGACUUGAUCAUCAAAAGAGGGAUGAAGAUAGAUGAAAGAUGUCAGCUUUGUGGACUGAGUGGAGAAUCGAUCCUUCAUGCGCUGUUUGAAUGUGAUCCUGCAAGACAAGCCUGGGCUCUAGCGGACAUCCCUCAACCGGAAUGGAUAGUGUGGUUCAUUUGGAAGAGUAGAAAUGACUUCUUAUUCAAUGGGAUUCAAUGGGAACCAAAGGAAAUAAUUCAUAAGGCCAGACAGGAGGCGGGAGAUUGGUUCCUAGCUCAACUGGUGGAAGAAGAAAUGUUAAAUAAGAAGGAGACCAUAGCGACCAAGGAAAAACGGAAAUGGAAACCCCCAAAGCAAGGGUGGCUCAUUUGUAACGUCGCGUUCGAGCUAGACAAAGGCUCCAAGACUUUAGGAGUUGCUUGGGUGGUUCGAGAUUUCAGGGGAGUGGUAUUGACUCAUAGUAGGAGAGCCUUCUCGAACAUUGGUUCGUUGGAAGAGGCUAGAUUCUCCACGCUGUUAUGGGCCGCUGAGAGCAUGUCAAGCUUGCACUAUUCUAAAAUUACUUUUGCAGGUGAUUUUAAGGAAAUUUUUUUGGCAUUGCAAAAACCCCAUCGAUGGCCGGCUUUGGACUAUCAUGUGAGGGAGCUAAAAAGAAUCCUGAAUGGUGUAGAGGAGUAUCAACUGAGAUAUGUAUCGAAAGAGGAGAAUAGAGGUGCGGCACUCAUUGCUCAAAGUGUGACAAGACAAAGAAGACUUAGGUCUUAUGUUGCAACUAGUCAUCCUAACUGGUUGUUUGAACUCUUUGUUAAUGAGAGCCGAGGCCUCUGA